CUCACCAUGAAGUUGACCGCACUACUCGGGUGCUUCGCUGUCGUCGCGCCUGCUUACGCCGCCGACUAUUUCUCGGAUGGAUGGAAGCCAGGGCAAGCUGUCCCGACCCACAGCUCUAGUGUCGGCUUCGUGCCAGGGGCCGAGCCGACCGUUCGAACUUACCAGCCGAAGACCGCGGAUAAGAUUGUCGACCGUCUGCUGUCCUCAGGACCCAUAGCAGGACUCUUCAGUAAAAUGGGCGUCAACGUUACGGAGCGUAUGGAGGCAGCUAGGGCGGCACAGGCCAACAUGUGGGACCACCGCGUACCCCUUAUCACGGACGACAAUUGGCGGGAUUUGCUGGUCAACGAGGAGUUCUCGUCCGAAGAGGAGGAGAAGAACCGUGUCUGGUUCAUCAUCAUUACGGCACAGAUGAGCCAACCCGAGGGUCUUUCGAAAUGGGCAGAUCAACACUUUGACGGAGCAUUCAAUAUUACCCAGGAGAAAGGCGACCUCCCCCACGUUCGCUGGGGUCGCAUCGACUACCUCAACGUGACGGAUAUCACCACUCGAUGGGGAAUCUGGCAGGCCCCAUAUCUUGUUGUCAGCACCGACCGUGCGCAAUCGCUCCGCUUCUAUAAAGCCAGCAAUCUACGUAUGGACCCUGAGAUGAUUCGUAAAUUCCUUGAGAUCGAAGGAUGGCGCGACACGCCGCCUUGGGCCUCUUCCUUCGCACCGGGGGGUUCUCGCGAAUGGAUCAUGGACUACACGGCGAUAUACAUGACCAAGAUUUACGACGUUUUGGUCCGCAUUCCUCGAUGGGCUAUGGUUCUCAUCACCGGCAUGCUCGGAUCUGUCUUCAUCCAACUCUUCCAUCGUGGUGAUAAGGAUAAGCAUAAGGCGCACCAACAACGAUUGAGACAGCAGCAGGCAGCGGAGGCAGCACGAGCGGCGCAAGUCGCGGCUGCCGAGAAGCCACCAGCAUCGCCUGCACAGAGUACCCCGAAAUCGAAGAAGAAAGGCGGGAAGAAAUAAUCCAUUCCUGAGGAUUUGUAGAAAGAUUAAGUAUCUCAUCAAGUAUAUAAAGAGUCUGUUGUGUGUUGUAAUGUGCUGUUACUCCGAGCUUUUACGAUAGUUGUUCUCGAGUUUCGUUCAG